ACAUUAUCAAUUGUCAAUUUUCUCUGUAGAUCUAUCUAUCCAUUUACGCCGCCAUGUCCGGAGUUGAGAUUGUUCCGAAAGAGUUCGGCUAUGUGGUUCUCUCCAUCGUUUUCUACAUUUUCCUUAAUUUCUGGAUGGCCGGUCAAGUCGGCAAAGCCCGCAAGAAGUAUAAGGUGUUCUAUCCUACGUUGUACGCUACGGAGUCGGAGAACAAGGAUGCGAAGCUGUUCAAUUGCGUCCAGAGAGGACACCAGAAUUCCCUUGAAAUGAUGCCAACUUUCUUCAUUCUCACCGUUCUCGGAGGCAUUAAACACCCUUUAAUCGCCUCUUCUCUUGGUCUUAUUUACACCUUCUUCCGCUAUUUCUACUUCACCGGUUACGCCACCGGCGACCCCCAGAAACGCCUCACCGUCGGGAAAUAUGGGUUCUUGGCGUUGUUGGGUCUGUUGAUCUGCUCAAUCUCAUGUGGAGUCAACUUGUUGCGAGCAUAAAGAAAGAAAGAAAGAAAGAAACCCCCCACAAAGUCAAUAAUAAUAUCUUCAAAUAGUUUUAUUAUGAUUAGAACUAUACUGUCUUUCUUUCUUUUCAAUGUUUUUAUUAUUAGAAUAAUUAAGGUUAGUUGUUCCCCACAACUAAUGAAGUUGACUAAGUGUGUUUCUGUUAAAUCUUUGUCUUUUUGUAUUAUUACCUUUUUCCAGAUUUUAAUCAAUGAAUGACAUUUUCUUAUUAUUAA